CGCAGCGGCGGCUGCGGCGCGGCGGGGGAGAGCGGCGGGCAGCGGGCGCGGGAUGGCCGCGGCCACCUCUAACCCCUACCUCCCCGGCAACGGCAUCCUGGCGGCCGGCUCCAUCGUCCACGCGGACUCGGGCGGCGGCGGCGGCGGCGGCGGCGGUGGCAUGCAGCCGGGGAGCGUGGCCGUCACCUCGGUGGCGGGCGGCUACCGCGGCGACCCGGCGGCCAAGAUGGUCCAGAGCGACUUCAUGCCGGGCGCCAUGGCCGCCAGCAACGGCGGCCAUAUGCUGAGCCAUGCCCACCAGUGGGUGACAGCCCUGCCCCACGCCGCCGCCGCCGCCGCCGCCGCCGCCGCCGCCGCCGCCGAAGCGGGCUCGCCCUGGUCCGGCAGCCCCGUGGGCAUGACGGGCAGCCCCCAGCAGCCGCCGCCGCCGCCCGACGUCAAGGGCAGCGGCGGGCGCGACGACCUGCACUCGGGCGCGGCGCUGCACCACCGGCCGCCCCACCUGGGCCCCCCGCACCAGGGGCACCCGGCGGCCUGGGGGGCGGCGGCGGCCGCCCACCUGCCCUCCAUGGCCGGCGGGCAGCAGCAGCAGCAGUCGCUCCUCUACUCGCAGCCCGGGGGCUUCACGGUGAACGGCAUGUUGAGUCCCCCCCCCGGCGGGCAGAGCCUGGUGCACCCGGGGCUGGUGCGCGGCGAGACGCCGGAGCUGGGCGAGCACCCCGGGCAUCACCACCACCACCACCACCAGCACCCCGGGCACCACCCGCCGCACCACGGCGGCGUCAACAGCCACGACCCGCACUCAGACGAGGACACGCCGACCUCCGACGACCUGGAGCAGUUCGCCAAGCAGUUCAAGCAGCGGCGGAUUAAACUGGGCUUCACCCAGGCCGAUGUGGGGCUGGCGCUGGGCACCCUCUACGGCAACGUCUUCUCGCAGACCACCAUCUGCCGCUUCGAGGCCCUGCAGCUCAGCUUCAAGAACAUGUGCAAGCUGAAGCCUUUGUUGAACAAGUGGCUGGAGGAAGCCGACUCCUCCACUGGCAGCCCCACCAGCAUCGACAAGAUCGCCGCCCAGGGCAGGAAGAGGAAGAAGCGGACCUCCAUCGAGGUGAGUGUCAAGGGGGCCUUGGAGAGCCACUUUCUGAAAUGCCCCAAGCCCUCUGCCCAGGAGAUUACGAACCUAGCGGACAGCCUGCAGCUGGAGAAGGAGGUGGUCAGGGUUUGGUUUUGCAAUCGGAGGCAGAAAGAGAAACGGAUGACCCCCCCGGGGAUCCAGCAGCAGACCCCCGACGAUGUCUACUCCCAGGUCGGCACCGUCAACUCCGACACGCCGCCCCCUCACCACGGACUGCAGACCAGCGUGCAGUGAGGGGCACCGCGGGCGGGCCGGGGAGCGCGGGGGCAGCGCGGGCCGGGCCGGGCCGGGC